UAAAACAUAAUCUAUUCACAGCAAAAGCAUUAAUAAAAAUAUAAAAUAAAAAACUAAACAUGUUUCGCCGUGGCAAAUUAGCCUUUUUGAAUACAAAAGAUGAUCGCAUAAAAAUCAUUAACGAACGCAUCAAUAUGACUGAGAAACAUUUGAUGGAAAUGUGUUCCACAUUCUCCGCCUGCACACGUAAAAUGGCCAAAUUCCGUGAUUCCUAUGAUGAGCUAUCGAAAAGUCUGAAACAUUAUUCCGAUGAGGAAGAAAUCAAUGAAAGUUUUAGUGAAGGCUUAAAGAAUUUUACCAAUGCCGUGACAAUAUUGGCUGACUAUAUGGAUUUGAAUGUACAUCGAAUGGAGAUAAAGAUCGUAAAUGAGAUGGCCCAAUUCGAUACCUUGUGCAAAACUACCAGAGAGAAUUUGCGUAGCGCGGUAAUUUCAAGAGACAAGGAAGUUCUGAAACAAAGACAAAUGUUGGAUUUAAAAUCGAAAUUUUCAGCAAAUAAUUCUGCCGCUGAUUCUGAACUACUCAAAGCUAAAAUGGAAGUCAAUCGCACAAAUAAGGAAAUCGAUGAAAUCAUUAGCAAUUUUGAGAAACGCAAAUUAAACGAUGUGAAAAAUAUUUUAAGCGAUUUCAUUCUAAUUACCAUGAGAUAUCAUACCAAGGCCUUGGAAGCCUUAACGGCUAGCUAUUAUGAUGUCUCCAAUAUCGAUGAACGUGGUGACUUUGUGGAAUUUCAAAAACUAAUGAAAACCAAAAAUGAGACUCAAGAAAAGAAGCUAUCAAAAAAUAAAAAAUCCAACAGUCUAAGAUCUCAGUCUAUGGAAAGUUUGGAUAGAGGUCAAUUGUUAAGUCCUCUGAAGCGUAAGAGCCGCAUGUCGAAAUCUACUAAAAAUUUGGCGGAUGGAAAGGAUGAUGAUGAGGAUGAUGAGGACGACGAUGAUGACGAGGUGGAUGAUGAUGAUGACGAAGAAGAUGAUGAUGAGGAUGAGAGUCUGGACUCCAAGACAGAAGAUGAUUCCAACACCGAAGCCGAAGAUGUUGGCGAAGCGGCCAAUGCUUCCGAUACUGCCUCUGAGCCAAAGGCAAAUACCAAAUUUAAUUUUAAGAAACCCUUAGCCAAGCCUCAAGUUAAACAUCCCUUCAAAGCUGUAGCCGCCACUCAUGUAAGGUUGCAAAAACAAAUGAAUGUGCAGUCUUAAGAGUUUGUUUUUCAAUUCAACCUAAACAUCAUCGCCAUCAUCAUCAACAUUAUCUACACCAACAGCAAAUCUAGUCCAAAAUCCCAAAAACGCUACCAAAAAGUAAAAAGUUUUAAAACUUCAGCAUUUUUCAACACGUAAAGUAGUUUUAGCUAAACAUAACAACAACAAAAUUGGCUUUGAUGAUAGACGUUUGUUGCCCCACCACCAACAGGGUUUGUAACAAGACGCACCUUAGCCCAUGCUACAGCACACCAACAACCCCAACAAUAUUAGCUGAUUAUUGCCCAUAUUUACGCUUGAUUAGAUAUUCUUCAAUGGUAAAUGCAAUGCAUUCCCAUAUCAUCACUAUUCUCAUGACAACUGGACUACACUGUAGAAACUCCACCUGCCUUUGUUUAUCAAAGGCAAACAAAAUCAUUAAACACAUUUACUCCUCCAUUAAAGAUAUUUGCAAAAGCCAAUCAACCACCCAC